GUAUGCACCUCGACUUCAGUCUCGCAAGCAAGUGUACCAGGCUCGCUUGAUUCGACGAAGCCUACGGCUACAUAGACUACGUGAUAAUCUUUCUAGACUUAUAAGCGAUCUUAUUACUCGGAGCCAGGUCGGACAGUCGCGAAUCGCACGCGAAUUAGAGAGGAUGGACAGAUGGAUAGGAAAAGUGGCCGUAGUCACAGGUGCCAGUGCCGGAAUCGGGGCUGCGAUCACCAAACAACUGGUCAGUCAUGGCAUGGUGGUGGCUGGACUCGCCAGAAGGGUGGAGAAGAUAAAGGAGCUGGAGCAAAGUUUGGAAGAAUGCUCGGGGAAACUGUAUGCGAUCGAGUGCGACGUUUCGAACGAGGAGAGCGUGACCGCAGCUUUUGCGUGGGUUCAAGAGAACCUGGGCUCUGUAAACGUGUUGGUGAACAACGCAGGGAUCAGCAAGGAGUCUUCUCUUAUAGAUGGCAAUCCGGAGGACUGGCGAGCUGUGUUCGACGUGAACGUCCUGGGGCUGUGCCUAUGCACCAAGGAAGCGGUUCGUCUGAUGCGAGAAGCUGGGGGAGAAGGUGUUGUAAUAAACGUGAACAGUUUCGCGGGAGAACGAGUACCUUUCAUUCCUGGAUUCUCCGUUUAUCCAGCGUCAAAGAGAGCCAUCACCGCUUUGGCACAGACUCUGCGCCACGAACUCACCGGCACUCAGAUCAGGGUCACGGGAAUUAGCCCAGGUCUGGUGGCCACGGAGCUUAUGGUCUCCUAUAGUACAUAUUCUGAGGAAGCAUUAGCAUCGUUCCCUACGUUGGAUCCGGAAGACGUCGCGACGGCUGCAAUAUUUAUAUUAUCUUGCGCUCCUCACGUCGUGGUUCAAGAUAUUGUCCUGCGGCCUCUGGGCGAGUCUUGGUAAUGAAAUGGCAGGGUUCAUCAACUAGUUACAUCUACUAACGCUACUUUGUUAUUUAUCGCACAAACUAUUAUCAUACAAAUAAAAAUAUAUGUAUCGCUAAUCAAAACUUGGAAACUUAUUAUCCCACAAUAAAAACAAUUGACUUUA